CUUAAGCUCUGCUGAUCACAUGAACUGUAGCUGUUUCCUCCUCCCUCUGUUUCCACUCCACACUCCUAUUUCAUUAGCUGUAACUUUUGCAAACUAUUCCCAAAGCAGAAGCUCUAAUGCCAGACUUUGCUCUUCACCUUGGAUUUUACUAGCAAAUAACUUUCUUUCUUCUUUCUUUCUUUCUUCUUUCUUUCUUUCUUUCUUUCUUUCUUUCUUUCUUUCUUUCUUUCUUCUUGCUUCUUUCUUUGCUUACUUGCUUUUAUCUUUCUCUCUCCACUUAAAUUUAGUCUGGAAAACUGCAAGGCUACAUUGUUUUAGCACAACAUAAACAUGAUGAAACAGAUUCCCAUUUUCAGGAAGAUAUCGUUUCUUCAGUUCUACCUUGUUUUUUGUUAUUUUGAUCUGGUACUGCUUGGCUUUAUCACGUGGGCUCUCCCCAUGGAGGACCAGGAUUACUACCUACAAGAAAUCAUCAAUAGGAAUCAUUAUUAUUCUUAUCCAGAUCCCAAUGAGGACUUGUCACCUUUCACAGAGCAACCAAGAGAAAAAGACUUGAAACCUUCUGCAGAAAUAGAGGUAUCUCCAAGAUUCAAAGCAGGCAAGAAAGAGUACAAAUCAAAGAAAACUAUCAAACCAAGAAAGAAUAAAUCAACUCUGGAAACACCACCAGCUAAAAAUGGUAACAAGAAAGGUGAGAAAAACAAGAAGAGCAAUGAAAGAACACCAGAUGGCAACUAUGAAAGGCGAAACACUGGUGAAGACAGCAGAGAAAGCUGUCCUCCCUUGGGUCUUGAAACUUUAAAAAUUACUGAUUUUCAGCUUCAUGCUUCUACAGUGAAGCGAUAUGGCCUGGGAGCACACAGAGCACGGUUAAACAUACAGGCAGGUAUUAAUGAGAAUGAUUUUUAUGAUGGUGCUUGGUGUGCAGGACGGAACGAUCCCUACCAAUGGAUUGAAGUAGAUGCUCGCAGGCUAACAAAGUUCACAGGAGUUAUUACACAGGGAAGAAAUUCUCUUUGGCUGAGUGACUGGGUAACAUCUUACAGAGUUAUGGUGAGCAAUGACAGUCAUGAAUGGAUCACUGUCAAAAAUGGUUCUGGAGACAUGCUUUUUGAAGGCAACAGUGAAAAGGAAAUUCCGGUCCUUAAUGAAUUGCCAGUACCCCUUGUUGCACGUUACAUUCGGAUAAACCCUCAGUCCUGGUAUCAGGAAGGAAACAUAUGCAUGAGACUUGAGAUCCUAGGCUGCCCUCUUCCAGACCCAAACAAUUAUUAUCACAGAAGAAAUGAAAUGACUACCACAGACAACUUAGAUUUCAAGCAUCAUAAUUACAAAGAAAUGAGGCAGCUGAUGAAGGUGGUAAAUGAGAUGUGUCCAAAUAUCACAAGAAUUUACAAUAUUGGAAAAAGUCAUGAAGGGCUAAAGCUGUAUGCUGUUGAAAUAUCCGACAAUCCUGGAGAACACGAAGUCGGUGAACCUGAAUUUCGAUACAUGGCAGGGGCUCAUGGGAAUGAGGUGCUUGGGCGUGAGCUACUGCUUUUGUUAAUGCAGUUUAUGUGCCAAGAAUACCUUGCUGGGAAUCUGCGCAUUAAGCAUCUCAUUGAGAAUACUAGAAUUCAUCUUCUUCCUGCAAUCAAUCCAGAUGGAUAUGAGAAGGCCUAUGAAGGGGGUUCUGAAUUAGGAGGCUGGUCUUUAGGACGAUGGACUCAGGAAGGUAUUGAUAUCAACAAUAACUUCCCCGAUUUAAAUACACUUCUCUGGGAAUCUGAAGAUCGGAGAAGACUUCUGAGAAAGGUCCCAAAUCAUCAAAUUCCGAUUCCAGAAUGGUAUCUGUCGGAAAAUGCUACAGUAGCAGUGGAAACACGAGCUGUGAUAGCCUGGAUGGAAAAGAACCCUUUUGUGCUUGGAGGGAAUUUACAAGGAGGAGAGCUUGUAGUUGCCUAUCCAUAUGAUAUGGUCCGUUCAGUCUGGAAGACUCAGGAGCACACACCUACUCCAGAUGACCACGUCUUUCGAUGGCUGGCCUAUUCGUAUGCCUCUACUCACCGACUAAUGACGGAUGCUCGGCGAAGAGUAUGUCAUACAGAGGAUUUCCAGAAGGAAGAUGGAACAGUAAAUGGAGCUUCCUGGCAUACUGUAGCAGGAAGCAUAAAUGACUUUAGCUAUCUACAUACAAAUUGUUUUGAAUUGUCUAUAUACGUUGGCUGUGAUAAAUACCCUCAUGAAAGUGAAUUACCAGAAGAAUGGGAAAAUAAUCGGGAGUCACUUAUUGUUUUCAUGGAACAGGUGCAUCGUGGAAUUAAAGGCAUAGUCAGGGAUCAACAUGGGAAGGGAAUUCCAAAUGCCAUUAUUUCCAUAGAAGGGGUGAACCAUGAUGUCCGCACAGCAAACAAUGGAGAUUAUUGGCGGCUUCUAAAUCCAGGAGAAUAUGUGGUCAGCGUAAAAGCCGAGGGCUACACUACGUCCAUGAAAAAUUGUGCCGUAGGAUAUGACAUGGGUGCAACCCAGUGUGAUUUCACCAUCAGCAAAACCAAUUUGGCCCGAAUCAAAGAGAUCAUGGAGAAAUUUGGAAAGCAGCCAAUGAGCCUCUCACUUCGCAGGCUCAGACAGCGAGCAAGGCAGAGACGCCAGCAAUAUAGAUUGCUUUCUGCAAUGUAACAAAUAUUCUAUCAAAAUUCUACCCUUAAACUGAAACCCACUUUUGUAGUAGAAUAUAUAUAUAUUUAUAUGGGUAAAUAUUUUUAACAUGCCGUUUAUAUUCAUGUUGCUUUUAAGAAUUGUACCUUGAAGAAUAUUUUUGAAUUCACAGUUCAAUGUUUAGAUUUGUAAAUUCUUGUGAAAUUAUUGGAAUUAAGAGGCUGUCCUCUAGAAAGAUACUACAAAGUGAUGAGUAUAUAUAUAGUAUCUCUAAUCCAAAUGGAAAAUAUAUAUCACCAAGACCUGGAAAGCAAUCCAGACUAAUAAACUAAAGGAUAAUUGGCUUACUAUGAUUUUUUUUAAAAAAAAGAUAUUAUGCAAUGAUUGUCUAACUUGUUAUAUUCUUAUGAAGAUUAAAAUUACAUUCAAUUUACAUUCAAUUACAAAAACAAUGAAAUCACUGCAAGUAGGAUAUUGAUAGUGGACAUGCAACAUGCUUGAGUUAUAUCAUUAAUUAGCUCUAUUACUUUACUAAUCUUAUGAUAGUGCACUAAAUGCUCUGAAUUAUUACAGUUUAUUUAAGUAAAGCAAUGAAUAGCAAUCAUUGUGUAUUUCCUACUUUGUUAGAAUGUUUUUUUGAGCUGUAAUUACCCAUUUUGUUUUUCAGUAAAUGAAACUUUUAUAAUUGGCUAAAUCCAAUACAGCAGUCAUUUUGUAAAUACUGUUUGCAAAUAUGUAGCAACCAUUCUAUGUAAGGAAAAAAUAAUCUUCAGAUCUGCUAGCAUCUCAGUCAUUUAAUGUGUUGUUUCCUGUAUAUACAGUAAGCCCUUUGUGGUCAGUUUGUUAUUAGUAGUAGCUUUCCAAGGUAUUAAGCUGGGAACUUUCUCAUCAUCUACCGUUUUCUUAUCUUUUUAAUUCAAGAUCUCAGUUAUUGAACCAGAGUGUUUUUUCUAGGUGUUCCAUUAAAACCACACGAAAGUGGUGACAUUUUCAUGUGGUACAUAUAGCUAAGUGUUGGAAGAAAAAAUGACCCCUUUCUAUUCUGAGAAGGAACCUAUCACAUUCAUGUAUUCAAUAUAGCUAGCAGUGGACUGAAGUUGGCUUGAUCAAAUAAGAUGUUUAUCAUUUGAAAACUCCAACAUCAGAGACUGAGUCUGUUCUGAAAAUGAACUAGCACAGGUUCUACUAUAGACAAUUUCAAAUCAACUGACAAAAACGGUAUACUUCAGCUUAAUUAUACAUUCAGCCAUGUGAGGCUUAAAUUAGAAUAUGCAGAAGGUGAUCUAUACACAUAGGUCUACUGUUUUUGGUCAUCAGAGCAAGAAUGCAAUACUAUAUGAGAAGGACAAAAGUUAAUUACCUCUGUAACUGACAAUAGUAGAGUUAAGACCCGCGGUGGCACAGUGGUUAGAAUGCAGUACUGCAGGCUACAUCUGCUGCCUGCUGGCUGCCUGCAAUUUGGCAGAUUGAAUCUCACGAGGCUCAAGGUUGACUCAGCCUUCCAUCCUUCCUAGGUGGGUAAAAUGAGGACCUAGAUUGUUGGGGGCAAUAGGCUGACUCUGUAAACCGCUUAGACAGGGCUGUAAAGCACUGUGAAGUGGUAUAUAAGUCUAAAUGCUAUUACUAUAGUGCUAUUAAAAGUAUUCCUUCACAUGAUUGUAGAUUCCUCAUUCUUUGAAAAGCAGUUGUUCACAACACCAUAGUUUAAUAUUUAAAUCAGUUUCUCCUCCAUAAUUAAUAUUUUCUGGUUUUAAAAAGCAAGGGAACCUAAAAAAAUUCUUGGCCAGCUCAUUAAGAAAUAUCAACUACCACUUUUCAGCAAGGAAGUGAUGGAUAAGUAGGUCUAGUUUUGAUACAAAAUAUUUUCUACAGCAUAUAGCACACCCUUAUUGGUUCCCGCACUGGUCAGUGCAUCUUAUUUCCCUAAAUUGCUCUACUCAGUCUCUGCCUGUAACAUUCCUACAGUUUAUAUUAUGAUAAUGUAUGAGCCCUACAAAGACAGACAGAUAACAGUUGGACAGAAAUAGGACAGAUAUGAAUUUAUGCAUAAAUGCUUUCACAUACGGUGUCUGCUUUAUGGAAUUUCUAGAUAGGAAACUACUUAAAAUAUGCCCAUUCAAUAUAGUUAAAAUAGUAACCAAAUCCUUGGCUGAAUCAUUGUAAACAAACAUUCUUGGCAUCAUAUAAUUUCUUGUAUUCAAAUAUCUUUGCAAAAGGUUAGAAUGUAGAAUUAAAUUGCUUUGUUUUCCUUCGACAUGUCAAGAGAGAUUCUAAACAAUAAAACUGUGCCUGAAGGCACCGAAUCCAUUAUGUUUAAUGCAAUCGUGCAGCAGUGCAGAUGUGAGUCAAGAAUCCUAUGUGUCCGAAGACUUGUUCUCAUUCAGGCAGGCUUUAUUACCUGAAUUCACUAUCAUUUGUCAGAAUUGGUUACUAGUGGAUUGCUGCCUUGUUCUGAAGACAUUUAUUUAGUGUGGUAUGUGAACUUAGAUUUUUGUAUAGACUACUUAAAUCAUUUCUACUCAUUCCUCUAACUCCCUUAUCAGGUGUUUAUCAGAUUUUAUCAUGAGGUGUACUCAUUUAAUGGCUCAGUGUUUUUAUCAGCUCAUCUAAUGAAUUUGUCAACCUUCUUGCUUAAGGAGAUGGAUAUGCAUUAUGAAAAUUUAUAUAAGAUGCAAAAGAUACUUACCUUUCUAAUUUCAGUAAUCUCCACUAGCUUACUUCUGUAGGUCAAAACAACUGAGAUAUCUCACAUUUGCCCUUAAAUCAAUUUUAACUUUCUGUCCAACUUCCCUUUACUGAAGAAUUCAUCUGAUGUUUUCCAUGUUGCCUAAAAAUAGUGUGUGGAGAUAAGAAUGUUAUUUUUAUCCAAGUCCAAACAACAUAUUAUUUUCACAUCCCAUCAACUAGAAGGUAUAUGUAAUGUAUUGUUAUAUGCUGGACAUGAGUCAUCUAUAUUAUCUUAUAUCUUUUGGGCUCUGUAUAUUAAUCCCUGGUUUGUAAUUAGUUGUCUGGAUAAGAUAUAAGAGUUAACAUUACCAAUAAAUGAAAAGAAGACAAGAAA